AUGUCUGCUUUCAGGUUCUGGUGUGCUCUGCUGAUUGCGCUGGGCUCUCUCUGCUCUAGAAGUUCAGCGUGUGGUGUUUCAACACACAUAGAAAUAGGACACAGAGCGCUGGAGUUUCUCCACCUUCAGGAUGGGAGUGUUAACUACAAAGAGCUGUUACUUGAACACCAGGAUGCAUAUCAGGCUGGAUCUGUGUUUCCCGAUGCAUUUUACCCCAGCAUCUGUGAAGGAGGACGAUUCCAUGACGUGUCUGAGAGCACGCACUGGACUCCAUUUCUUAAUGCAAGUGUUCAUUAUAUCCGAGAGAACUACCCCCUUCCCUGGGAGAAGGACACAGAGAAAUUGGUAGCCUUCUUGUUUGGAAUCACCUCUCACAUGGUGGCUGAUAUCAGCUGGCAUAGCCUGGGGAUCGAACAAGGAUUCCUUAGGACGAUGGGAGAUAUUGAUUUUCAUGGCUCCUUUCCUGAGGCACAUUCAACUGGUGAUUUUGGAGGAGACGUAUUGAGCCAGUUUGAGUUUAAUUUUAAUUACCUCGCACGGCGCUGGUAUGUGCCCACUGAAGAUCUACUGGAAAUUUAUAAGAAACUCUAUGGCCGAGAAGUCAUCACCAAGAAGGCAAUUAUUGACUGUUCUUACCUUCAGUUCUUGGCAAUGUAUGGUGAGAUGCUAGCUAUUUCCAAGCUUUAUCCCACUUAUUCUAGAAAGUCCCCAUUUUUGGUGGAACAAUUCCAAGAAUAUUUCCUUGGAGGACUGGAUGAUAUGGCGUUUUGGUCCACUAAAAUUUACCAUCUGAUGAGCUUCAUGUUAGAGAAUGGGACCAGUGACUGCAACCUACCUGAGAACCCUCUGUUCAUUGCAUGCAGUGGCCAGCAAAACAACACCCAGAGUUCAAAAGUACAGAAAAAUGAUUUUCAUAGACAUUUGACUGUAUCCCUAACUAAAGAUAUUAGAAAAAAUAUAAACUAUACUGGAAGAGGAGUGUUCUUCAGUGUGAAUUCCUGGAUCUCGGAUUCUCCCCUCUCCUUCAUGUACCAGGUUUUGGAAAGGAACAUACAGACAAUGUUCACAGGCAGCUCUCACCAGCCAUCAAAGCACAUCUCUAGCCCACUAGCAUCUUACUUCUUGUCACUUCCCUAUGCGAGGCUUGGGUGGGCAAUGACCUCAGCUGACCUCAACCAGGAUGGGUACGGGGACCUGGUGGUGGGCGCCCCGGGCUACAGCCGCCCUGGCCAUGUCCAAGUUGGGCGAGUGUACCUCAUGUAUGGCAAUGACCUGGGCCUGCCCCCCGUCGACCUGGACCUGGACAAGGAGGCCCACGGGAUCCUGGAGGGCUUCGAGCCCUCAGGUCGCUUUGGCUCAGCCUUGGCUGUGUUGGACUUUAAUCAGGACGGAUUGCCUGACCUGGCCGUGGGAGCCCCCUCCGUGGGCUCUGAGAAGCUCACAUACAAAGGUGCAGUGUACGUCUACUUUGGUUCCAAACAAGGAAGAAUGUCUUCUUCCCCCAACAUCACCAUCUCUUGCCAGGACAUCUACUGUAACUUGGGCUGGACACUCUUGGCCACAGAUAUGAAUGGAGACAGCGAGCCCGAUCUGGUGAUUGGCUCCCCUUUUGCACCAGGUGGAGGAAAACAGAAGGGAAUCGUGGCUGCAUUUUAUUCUGGCCCCAGCCAGAGUGACAAAGAACAGCUGAAUGUGCAGGCAGCCAACUGGCUGGUGAGAGGCGAGGAGGACUUUGCCUGGCUAGGAUACUCCCUUCACGGCGUCAGUGUGAACAACAAAACUUUGCUGUUGGUUGGGAGCCCGACCUGGAAGAAUGCCAGUAGUCUGGGCCAUUUGUUCCGCGUUCGUGAUGAGAAACAGAACCUUGGAAGGGUGUAUGGCUAUUUCCCGCCAAAUUGCCAAAGCUGGUUUACCAUUUCUGGAGACAAGGCAUUGGGGAAGCUGGGUACUUCCCUGUCAAGUGGCCACGUAAUGGUGAAGGGGACACGGACACAAGUGCUGCUGGUUGGAGCCCCAACUCACGAUGACGUGUCUAAAGUGGCAUUCCUGACCAUGACCUUGCACCAAGGUGGAACCACGAGGAUGUAUGAACUGACACUUGACUCGCAGCCUUCUCUGCUCAGCACCUUCAGUGGAGACCGCCGCUUCUCCCGAUUUGGUGGAGUUCUGCACUUGAGUGACCUGGAUAACGAUGGCUUAGAUGAAAUCAUCCUGGCAGCCCCACUGAGGAUAGCAGACUUAACCUCUGGACUGAUUGGGGGAGAAGACGGCCGCAUUUAUGUAUAUAAUGGCAAACACACUGCCUCUGGUGACAUGACAGGCAAAUGCAAGUCAUGGAUAGCUCCAUGUCCAGAAGAAAAGGCCCAAUACGUAUUGAUUUCUCCUGAAGCUGGCUCAAGGUUUGGGAGCUCCAUGAUCACCGUGAGGUCAAAGGAAAAGAACCAAGUUGUCAUUGCUGCUGGAAGGAGUUCUUUGGGAGCCCGACUCUCGGGGGCACUUCAUAUUUAUAGCCUUGGUUUAGAUUAAAGAUUUCACUCUGCUUUCCUAAUCUGCCUUGCCCUCUCUCAUGCCGAGUCAU